UAUUUGAACUCGAUUGCAAUGCAAACAAAUCGUAACUAAAAUUGGUAAAUCUUCAGAAUUGAAAACUAAAACGGAUGUUACAAUAAAUAAUCGUUUACAUAAAUCUUCCCUCCAUUUUCAUAUACUGGUAGGACUGUGCGUGCCUAACUUCACGCAGAGACGAAAUAUUUUAAAGAGAAACAACUUUAUCAUUUUCUGAGGGAUCUAUUCACAUUUCUGGGAUCUCUAGCUUUAAUUUGAAUCGCAUGCAUCAAAAUCUGUGCAGAGGAACUGGAAAUGUAAUCCCUCAACAAUCGCUGAGAUUGUUCAACCAUAAAUUAUUUUCUUGCCACAGUUGUAGGAAUGAUACAUGAAGUUCGUUCAAUCAAUCAUGUUUUGAUAUAGAAGCAUAUAGAAGCGAACCAUGUGGUCAGUGCAUUUACUUACUUUGGUUAUUCCGACUUUAACGCACGUUUAAAUGUGAAUAUUUGACUAUUUUUACGUAUUUUAUACUUCGGGACGUCGUUAAUAUAUGGAGUAUACAAUACCGAGCGUAAUUAUCAGAGACAUUAGUUUUUUCCAAAGUAAAUGACAAAAUGCAGAUGAAGUUAAAUACCAGACGCAAGUCUACAAAUAUCGAAGUAAUAGAUGUAGACGAUUUAGUUCUGACAAGAAAAGGCGGAGGUAGUAUAAUUGAUCAACGGCCGACCUUUUCACAUGAUGGAGAAACAUUGUACAUAGUAUGGAAACACGUUAUAAGAGCUUACAGUACUCAAACUGGAGACUUUGUGAAAGAAUUAGAGCCAGCAAAUCAUAGAAUAGCUGGAUUAAUUAUACAUCCAGAGAACCCCAAUUUGCUUAUCGCUUGUACAGAGAAUGGAAUAAGAACCUUUCAUAUUGUAAAUUACAAAACUCACAAGGGAACUGAAUUACGCCAAGUGCUUGUAACAUAUAUAUCCAAGUGUAAUACAAAAAUCUAUAUAGUUUUGUUAGAUAUUGAUCAUGGAAACUGUACAAAAUCUACAUGCAUACCAACAGAUUCUCAUGAGUAUUACGUUGAUAUCAUUGGAAAUUAUGGAGAGAAUCUGAUAGCGCUUCUUCAUGAUGUUGAUUUACACAUAUUUAAUCCAUCCAGGAAUCUUAUUGACAAAUUACACAAGACGGGUAAAACAGGCAGAUUGCCAACAUGUAUAGCUGGACAUCCGGAAGAGGAAUGUGUUGCCACGGGAGAUUCAACCGGUCGUGUAGUAGUUUGGAGGAAUUUGUUCCAAUCGAGGCCUUACACAGCAGUUUAUCACUGGCACACAUUACCCGUUACAGAAAUAGCAUUCAGUAAAUCAGGCGGUCACAUGUACACGGGAGGUGGAGAGUGCGUGUUGGUAAAGUGGGUUUUGGCAAAUCCGCAUCAUAAAUCUUUCCUUCCCCGUCUUCCUGCACCCAUCAAACACCUUACUAUUGCUCCAGAUAAUUUGUAUGUCGCUGUAUCUACUUUAGAUAAUGGUAUUGUAGUCGUAAAUCCACAAAGAAAAUUAACGUCAGUAAUUCAGAAUUUUACGUGGGGCGUCGCACUGUCCUCCAAAGAUCUGUUUCCUGCUGGAUUAAUUGUUGAUCCUCGUACGAACUGUCUCGUCUUAAAUAGCCGCACCGGGCACGUUCAAUUUUAUAAUACUUACACAAAAAGUUUAUUGUAUAAUAUAAACAUUACCGCCCAAAAUUUUUUAACACAAGAACGUAGUGUAAUUAUUGUGAACACAGAAGUAACGAAAAUAGCUUUAAAUCAUGAUGGUACGUGGAUGGCAACUGUCGAGGAACGAAAUGAUAAAGUGUCGUGUAUAGAAGUAAGAUUGAAGUUUUGGAUGUUCGACACUAAGCAACAAUUAUUUACAUUGAACACGUCUAUCGAGCUUCCUCAUGAGGGUGGCGUAAAUGCUUUACAUUUCCAACCGAGCACGUUAUUUGAUGAUGGUGAAAUAUUAGCGGUUACAACCGGCAGAGAUAGAAAAUUUAAAUUAUGGCAUCUCGUCGAACCUUCAUCUAUUCACAAGAAAGCGAAACAUUGGCAGUGUCAUAGUAUGGGAGAUUAUAGAAAUUUGCUCGUAUCGGAUGCUGGCUUCUCGAUAGAUGGUUCGUUAGUUGGGAUCGGUUUUGAUUCUAGCGUGACAAUAUGGAUUCCUGAGACCUGUACAUUCAAAUACAGUCUUCGACAUAGUCAAUAUCAAUAUCCAGUGAUGCGAGUUGAAUUUGGCAAGCAGGAAGCAUGUCAUCUCGUAAUAGCAGCUUCCGCUCACCAUAUUGCUGUUUGGAACAUUCUGUCGCUUUCCUUAAUAUGGAGCGUACCCUUAAAAAUUGCAACUCUCACAGCAGAUCCGAAAUCCACGUAUAUGGCCGUUUUUACAACUGACAAUUCAUUAUUCAUAUUCACACCGCAAAAAUCAACACCAAUCUACACGAGGGAGAAUGUUAUUGAAAAUAACAGUUCCGUUUUGGGAGCAGCCUUCGUGCCACAUUUACAAGAGAAACGAGAUUCUUCGCAUAGACUUUGGCAAAGAAAGUCGCAGCUCUUCUUUCUAGACUCUAAUCAAGAAUUAUUGACCUUGGAACCGGAGUCCGAAGUGACUAUUUCGCUGGAAAUCUUGUCCUCAAAAGCAACCGUUCCUGCUACGGCCUUCAGUAAUCUAGUGGCGGCCAAAACUACUGUAGACAAGGAAGCAGUCACUCCCUUCAUGCACGACCAAUUAGGGGAAGCCGGGACAGGAAUAGUGGAAGAGCUCCUGAGCGUCUCGGCACACACUUUACCACCCAUGAAGCUACUCUGUGCGUCUUUCAUCACGUCUCUGUUAUCGUCCUCCGUAUCGAAAACUCAAUCAGGGGACGAUAAUAAAAGUGAAAGGAAUGAUGGAACUCUGAGUGGCGACGAAUCGGCUGAAGAGAGCGAGGAGGAAGUAUCACGGACAAAAAAACGUGAAUCACCACCUAUGGUUGAGAACGCAGACAUCGAUGAUGAGACAAAAGUAGAAGUUGUCGAUCACAACUGGUCCUUCCUGUCAACUAUACUUCCAGAUCGAGGAGAAAUUGAAAUUAAAUAAAAAGAAAAUAAUAAAUAGUAAUUAAUAAUUUUUUA